AUGGAGCAGCUAGCAGAUUCGGCCGUCAAGCUGGCGAACGCGAAUGACGUCCUGCUGGGCACGCUGGAAGGUCUCGAGUCUCGAGGGAUGUACUCGAGAAUCGCCUGCACAAGCGCCAGCCGCGAGGUUCUUAUCCGACAUAUUGGGAUCCGUACGUUCAACCUAGUCACGGCCAGCUGUCGGAUGGGCGAUUUCGUGGCUCUGAUUGCGGGUAUGACACUGAUGCUGGCCCACAUCUUGAGCCAUUGUAACAAGGGGACGGAAAACCUACUCGUACACCAGCGGGUGGGAGACCAGACUACAGUAGAGCGGGCUCUUGAGUGCAUAGAAUCUAUGUCGGAGCUGCAUGAGGAUGUGCUCACAGCGAAACGUGUCGCCCUUCUCAAGAAUUUGUUGGAUAUUGAGGCACGAUCUGCAGAGAGGCACUUGGAUGGCGGUCAAAAAGACGACCAAAACGUGUUGCUCGUCAAGGUGCCGUACGUUGGCGCCAUUAGAAUCGCGCGAGACGGUAUCUCUAUUGCACCCUUCGACAUGGAGCAGGAGCAAGCUCCCCAUGAGGGUGUUACAAUUGGCGGCUUUGGAUCUAUCCUCGACAAAACACUCCACGGCUUCGACCAUCAUACUAACGUGGCCACGUCCGAUGCUGCAGCGUCACGAGCAACUGCGCAGACAGUUUGGGGGGGGGGGGCAUCAUCAGCACGGCAGCACCGAAGGAUAGAAUCUUACGAGCCCCUUAUGAGCGGUGAUAAUCAUUAA